UGUGCCGUGGGAGCGUUGCGUUAUUUGUGGAGUCGGGUGGGUGGCGUUCGGUACCGGCCUGCGGACGUCACACUGGGACGUUCGAGCGCCCCGCGACGCAGCCAGUUGGAUACGGCCCCUCGGUGGGGACGGUUGGAAGGAGUUCUCCCUCCCGCGGAGGCGGCGUGCCGGGGGGAAGCCCGGAUUCCUUAGCCUGGGUCACAGAAGCCCUAUGGAUCAUGGAAGUGAGCACACUUUUGCUCCCUAGAAACGUUGAGGCCUUCCGUCACUCAGCAGUUAGAACUAAAGACUCUCAAAAGUUUCUGUCAUCGUCCCUGGCAGCGCAAAACAAAAAGGAAAUGUUUUUGUCAUCAUCUUCAGAUCCUGCAUGUUUUGAAGUGGAUACUUCCAUGAAAAUUUAGAAAGUAUGUCAGAGUUGGAAACAGUAGAUGUCAAUGGUCCUCAAGACGCCUUCUGCUCAGACUCGCCCUUCUGUUUAGAAGCCAGCUCCAUCACUUCAGCCUUGCCUCAGAAUGAAAUAGAGGACGUUAAAAGGGAAAAUGAAUCUAUACACACUCUCUCUGAAGAUAUUUAUAGCACACAGGACAGUUUGUUAGGUGAUAUCAACCUUGGUAAUUACACAGAGAGCAUGCAGAAUCAACCAGCUAACACUGGGGUUACUUCCUUGAGACAAUUUGAACCCAUCUGCAAAUUUCAUUGGAUAGAAGCGUUUAAUGAUGAAGUGACACUCCAAGACCUGAAGGAGGCCUUUUCUUACUCUGAGAAGCUACAGUUGCAAAGCCAGGCGUACAAUGAUACCACAGAUAUCUGUGAAAAGCCAGAUCUGCUUCAGGAGGACAGCCCAGCAGAAACUAGCAUUUCUGAAAAUAAAGACCAGCUUGUCCACGAGCAUGUCAGGAUGUCUCCUAGAGGUAUGGCUCCCAACUACUACAGAGAAGAGGCUCAGCCAUUCGUGGAAAAGUCACUGGUGAGAAGCACCAUGGUGGACCUCUCUGUCAAUGAUCAUCACCCCCAGAGACUUCUGAGUAAAGAAAAUGUCUUCCGAGGUGGCGAAAGCAUGUUUGUUAACGAGAACUGCCUGGCCCUGCUUGACCUGCGAGCUAACAGUAAAGCAGAGGAGCCUGAAGUGUCUUCAAAAGAAAUAUUGAAUUCUGGGGAGAUUUCUGAGAUGUCUGUUAGCAACCAUGAGGAAGUCACAGAAGAUGGUGUAGACAGCCUGGCCAUGCUCUCCCCUUGGUCUCCACCCGGCAUCUUCAAGAGCAGAUCUCAGGACCACUACAUGAUGCCUGCUGGGGAGCUAGGCUUGGGAAGCUCAGAGCCUCUGGAAGAGGACAUGGCUUUAAACGAAGCCUUGCAAAAGUUAAAACAGACUAAUAAAAAACAGGAAAUGCAGAUCCAAGACCUCCACGGUAGGAACUCGAACUUAGAAAACAGGGUUAAAGAACUACAGACAAAGGUCAGCAAACAGCAGGUAUUGGUUGACGUCAUAAAUAAACUAAAGGAGAACAUUGAGCAGUUAAUUGAUGACAAAUACAAUGUGAUCCUGGAGAAGAAUGAUAUCAAGAAGAAAUUUCAGGAUCUGCAAGAGGUUUCGGCUAGCACCAAAAAGCACCUUCUGGAAUCCAAGAAAGACAAGGAGACCCUCCAGCUCCAGGUUAAAAAGAUCAAGGUCCAUUACGUCCGUUUACAGGAAAGGUACAUCACCGAGAUACAGCAGAAAAACAGAUCGGUCAGCCAGUUCCUGGAGAUAGAGAAAACCUUAAGCAGGAAAGAUGAAGAGCUCCAGAGGCUGCAGCGACACAAGGGAGAGCUGGAAAAGGCCACCAGUUCUGCUCUGGACUUGUUGAAGAGGGAGAAGGAGAUCCGGGAACAAGAGUUCCUGUCUUUUCAGGAGGAAUCUCAGAGGCGGGAAAGGGAAAACCUGAAAGAAAGGCGGAAAUUGAAGUCAAGAGUUGAGAAGCUGGUUGCUCAAGUGAAAAGCUUGCUGUUGACCUGUGAGAGUGAGAGGGCUAAAACUACAAAGCUCCAGCAGCAGGUCAAUGAGCUGCAGCAGGAGAAUGCAGAACUCCGGCAGCUGGUUGCAAGGGGGGAGCCGCAAACUUGUGCCCCUGACUUUGAGAUAAUUCAGUCAAAGGAACAGCUGGAGGAAGUGAUGGAGCCAGAUGUCACCCAGGAUACAAAGGGGACACAUUCUAAUUUGUUCCUGAAUUGCUCAUCUUGUAAAGAAAACCUGCAACUUCAGCCUAUGAAGAGAACUUCUCCACUGGCCUCUAGAAUUCACAGUCUUUUGGCCCUGACAAUAGGACUUCUCACAUGUCAGGAUCUCAACAUUCCUGAUGCUGAACACUGCCAAGAGAGUAAGAGAGCUAAUGAUGUAAUGCUGCAAAAAUUGAAGGACUUUCAGAAUAAAAAGAAAGAUUUAGAUAAAGAGUUAUUGAAACAUAAACACAGAAUUGCAACUCUUAAAGAGUUGAUUGCUAAUGAAAAAGCACUUCAAGAUCACACGGCUGAGGUCACAGAUUUUGAUGCAGAAGAAGCCAGGAAUGCCAGAGAAGUUCCUGUGUUAUUGGCAGUCAAACUGGAUAAAUACCACAACCUAAAUGAGGAGCUUGAUUUCUUGAUCACAAAGCUGGGAGGCCUUCUGGAGAGCAAAGAAGACCACUACAGCAAACUCAUUGAGGAGAAUGACAAGUACCGGAGACAUGUAGGCAGCCUAAUAAAUAAGGUAACGUCAUAUGAAGAAAUUAUAAAAUGUGCUGACCAAAGACUUGAGAUAUCCCAUUCUCAGAUUGCACAUUUGGAAGAGAGAAAUAGACAUUUGGAAGAUUUAAUUAGAACGCCCAGAGAGAAAACCAGAAGGCCAAGAAGAGUCUCAGUCAGACACGUAGCUCAGUGCUAUAGGGUAAGUACAUAAUCUCGUGGGUUGACUGUCUUACAGCUGGGUUCUAGCUUCAGCAGUACAUACAAUACUAAAAUUGGAAAGUUAGAAAAGUCAUAGUUAUUUUAUAUGAUCACUUUGCAAACACUAGCUUUAAAUCUGCUCAGGAGUUUUUUUAUUUGUUUUGUUUUUCAAGACAGGGUUUCUCUGUGUAGCCUUUUCUGUAUGGACUCACUUUAUAGACCAGGCUGGCCUCAAACUCACAGAGACCACCUGCCUCUGCCUCUGCCUCUGCCUCUGCCUCUGCCUCUGCCUCUGCCUCUGCCUCUGCCUCUCUGAGUGCUGAGAUCACAGGUGUGUGCUCAGGAGUUUUGACUUUUACUUUUAACACAGUGUGGGUUUUCUCUGAGUCCUAGAAACAAACUAUGGGCUUUAUUUCUAGAAUCACUUUAAAAUAUUUUUAUAUAACUUUAUACAUUUACCAGUUGAGACAUUUGUUUACUUGUCACAUUUAUUUUUACACAUUUAUUUUAUUUAUAUGGAUUUAUUGACUUUGAAACAAGGGAAAGAGGUCACAAGGGCUCCUGGAUGGUAACUCCAUUUGUGUGAAAACUCCAGCUCCCUGCAGGCUUCAGCCAUGACUACCUCUGAAGUCUUGACUCACCUGCUGACUUCAGUGUCCCCAUCAGAAGUUCGGCUUGAGACUUCCCCUAUUUCCCCUAAUUUUCUUCUCAAAAUCACGGUGCUGAAUCUGCCCAGUUGUUUCUGGCAAUGGAAACACUGGAACUUUGGGAUUAAGAGACAGUCCCAGGUGUCUUUAAAAUGUUAUUGUGUGUGUCUGUGCCUGUGUGUGGGUAUGUACACAUGAGUGCAGGUGACCACAGAGGCCAGAGGCUUUGCAGCCCUCUGAUCUGCAGUUACAGUUUUGUGGUGAGCCACCGGAUGUGGGUGCUGGGACCCAGAGUCUGGUCCUCUGCAAGAGCAGCAUAAACUCUCAGCCACUGAGCCAUCUCUACCCCUGGGUGUCGAAUUUUUUGCUUCAGCACUUGCUGAGAUUUUGUAGGUUUCAUUUUGAAGCCGAGUCCUGACUUAAGUAAGUUAGGAGCCUAUUCAAUAUAAGGAGAUUGUGUUGGGCGAACUCCACACUGAGCACAGACCACACACUAUGUGUUGAAAAGCUUCAUCUUUUUAGGGUCUUAUAGUUUGAUAUAAAUGACAAGUUCUUGAAAGUGAGAGGCAAAUAUGCCAAUAAUGGUGUAUUUCUCACAAUAAUCACUAUUUUAGUCUUCUCUCCCCAUUUUAACAUCGUCUUUCUU